AUGCACCCAGCCGACAGCAGCUCUCGCCCCUUCAAGCAGAGGAAGAGCCUCGCCACCAGGAUGCACGAAGUGACGGAAAUCCGCCUCAAAUAUCCCAACAAAAUCCCGGUAAAUGUCGAAAAUUUUCCAAAGGAGAAGACUUUGCCUCCGUUGACCAGGAGUAAAUUUUUGGUGUCCCAGGACCUUCCGCUGGCCCAGUUUGCCGUCACCCUGCGGACACGUCUCUGCCUGGGCUCCUCCCAGACCUUCUACCUCCUGGUCAACAACAAGGGGCUGCCCAACAUGGCCAUCACCAUGCAGGAGCUCUACCGCGACAACAAGGACGAGGACGGCUUCCUCUACCUCACCUACGCCUCCCAGGAGAUGUUCGGCAGCUCUUCCUCCACCCAACCACCCAUCGCUUGA